GAAUAAUCACCUUCUAAUCAGGGUAAUUACUUCAUUGAUUUUUUUCUAAUUUCUAUGUUCAUUAUAAGUAGUGCCACUACUCUUCUAUUCCCCAUCCAAUCCAAAAGACAUGGAGGAACUGCUUUUCCUACUUCUCUUCCUCUUGUCCCGGUCGUUGCUAGUCUCCUCACACUCUGUGCCAGCAAUUUUCACAUUUGGAGACUCUAUUGUUGAUGCUGGAACCAACCACUUCAACGAGAAUUGCACUGCUCAGGCUGAUUUCCCACCCUACGGAUCAACUUUCUUCCACCAUCCUACUGGACGGUUCACUAAUGGCAGAACUGUUGUCGACUUCAUUUCGCAAUUUCUUGGAAUUGAAUUGCAAAAGCCGUACCUUGAAGCACAGCUAGCAUUUGUGAAUGGAAGUAGCAAGAGUUUUCCAUCUAAUGGCCUCAACUUUGCCAGCGCUGGCAGCGGUGUUCUACGUGCAACAAAUCAAGAUUUGGGAGUCACGCCAAUCCAAGACCAGCUACAGCAAUUUCAAGCACUAGUGCAACAAAACAAGAUCGACAAGAACCUAAUAAAGAACUCCUUUUUCUUUUUCGAAUCAGGGUCCAACGACAUGUUCAACUACUUCGUCCCUUUUGUUACUCCAACACUUGACCCUGAUGCAUAUGUCCAGUCCAUGUUAACUGAGGUAGCCAAUUUCUUAGACCAAAUUUACAAGCUUGGUGCUCGCCGCAUGGCUGUGUUCUCACUGGGCCCUGUUGGCUGCGUCCCCGCCAGAGGCCUCUUGCCCGACGCACCGGUUAGUAAAUGUUAUGGGAAAAUGAACGUGAUGGUCAAGAAAUAUAACAAGGGACUGGAAAACAUGGCCAAGUCUUUGCCCAUUAAGUACCCUGGUGUUAUUGGUGUUUAUGGUGCAGUAUAUGAUCUUGUUCAACGAUUCCGGACCAUUCCAACACAGUAUGGGUUUACAGAUGUAAUUAAUGCAUGUUGUGGAGAUGGGCCUCUAAGGGGAUUAUUGCAAUGUGGGAAGGAGGGCUACCAGAUUUGUGAAGAUCCUGACAAGUACUUGUUUUGGGAUUACUUCCAUCCAUCAGAGCAUACUUACAAGCUCAUCUCCAAGGCUUUAUGGGGUGGAAAGAACUCAACAAUUAAGCCAUUCAAUCUCAGGACUUUAGCAACCAUGGUUUGAUUUUACAAAGAUAUACACAAGAACAUGCAGUUUUGGAGAUAAGUGUUGGGAUAUUUCACUUCAACUAUGUCUUCUAUUAUCUCUUCUUUUUGAAACUAGAGGUUACCUUAGCUUUUUCACAGUGUCAAAUCCCAUAUAUGGGAUUGGACUUAAUUAUAAAAUGUUAAUUUGAAAUUUGGUGUUGGAAAGUUUAUCUAUCUCCUAUCCUUUUGAUAUUAUUUGUAAUAAAUUUGAGAAUUAUUAUAAUUUUAAAUUCUAAUUUUCUUUCUUUAAAAGGAAAGUUUUUAAUCACUCCUAAUGUAUUACAUUCAAGCAUUUGAAUGAAUAAUUUGUAUUUUUUAAGUAUUUUA